GAUUUCGUCUUGUACUUUAUCUCUUCUCUUCUGUUAAAAAAGAUAAGGAUAAUACUGAAGAAGUUAGUAAGACAUCCGCAAAUAUGUCGAAUAAAAGUGAAAGUGGUGACGUAGUUCAGGAAAAUUCAAAUUUUAAUCAAGAUACCAAGGAAGUAGAGAAGGAUCAAAUCAAUAAAAAAGACGACGAUGAUUCAUCCGUUAAUAAAACAUCUGCAAAUGUUUCGAAUAAAAAUGAAAGUGGUGAUAUAAAUCAGGAGAAAUCAAAUUUUAACCAAGAUAACAAAGAAGAUAAUGAUUCAUCCGUUAGUAAGACAUCUACAAAUAUGUUGAAUAGAAAUGAAAGUGGUGACGUAGUUCAGGAAAAAUCAAAUUCUGAUCAAGAUAAAAAAGAGGAUAAAAAAGAGGAUAACAAAGAGGGUGAAUUACCAGAGAAAAUCAAUGAAAAAGACGAAGAUCUUUCAUCCAUCGAGCAAUAUUUACAAACAGAUCCAAAAACCGGUUUGACAACAGAAGAGGCUCAAACACGCUUGGACCAAUUUGGAAGAAAUGAAAUUACAGAAACAAAGCCUAACUUAUUCUUAAAAUUCCUUUCGUACUUUCGAGGCCCGAUCGCCUACUUGAUUGAGGUAGCUUGUAUAGUGGCAGGCAUAGUUAAAGAUUGGGUAGAUUUCGGCAUAAUCCUCGCGCUUUUGAUUGUGAACGCAUUAAUAGGUUUCAUAGAAGAAACACGUGCGGAAUCUGCGUUAGAAGCGUUAAAGCAAUCCUUGGCGUUAAAAACGAAGGCUAUGCGUGAUGGAAAACUGAUCGAAUUGGAUGCCGCGGAAUUGGUUCCAGGUGACAUCAUUACUUUGCGGAUUGGAAAUAUUGUACCAGCUGAUGCAAAAUUAUUAGGGGUUAAUAUUAGUGGUUCGGAGACCUCAGAAUACUUGAUGGUAGAUCAAUCGGCAUUAACUGGUGAAAGUUUACCGGCACAUCGCAAUAAAGGAGAUAUUGUAUAUUCAAGUUCUAUAAUUAAACAGGGGCAAAUGUUGGCUAUUGUUGUCAAAAAUACAUAUAUUGGACGUGCCGCUACUCUUAUGAACGCGGCCGUGGAUCAAGCGGUCAAAUUUCGAGGUACACCUUCUGGUAAUAUACUAGAAAUUUUGCAACAUGUUCUGGUGUUGACGGUUGCAGCUAUUCCGGUUGGUUUACCCACUGUCCUUUCUGUAACUAUGGCUGUAGGAGCAAAGCAACUAGCUAAAAAACAAGUAAUUAUUAGGCGCUUAGCAGCCGUAGAAGAAUUGGCUUCUGUAUCGGUUCUUUGUUCUGACAAAACCGGUACACUCACCCUCAACGAACUAUCCACCGAUGAAUCAUGGUUGACACCUUCUUAUAAUGAAAAUGAUCUUUUCUUAUAUGCCUACAUAUGUUCCGAAGAAGGCACAGAUGAUGCGAUAGAAUUAGCCGUUAGAGAUGCGGCAACAAAAAAAGUUGAUGUUUUAAAAAAUAGCGAAAAUGAACAUGAAAUUCCUGGCUUCAAAAUCACAUCAUUUACUCCUUUUAAUCCCUCAAAAAAAUUCUCUGAAGCCACUGCGAUAAACCUUGAAACGCAAGAAAAAUUUAAAAUAGUCAAAGGUGCUCCACAAGUUAUAACCAAACUUGCAGGUGGAAGUCAGGAAGCCGAUCGUGCUGUAAUCGAUUUAGCGUCACGUGGAUUACGCGCUCUUGGCGUUGCAAGAACCAACCCAAUUAAUCCUUCUGAUAACGAAAAUUCCCAACAACUAAAAUGGGAAUUGGUGGGAUUUUUAAGUUUACUCGAUCCUCCUCGACCAGAUUCGAAAGAAAUUUUAAAAAAAUGUGAAGAAUUAGGUAUCAAUAUUAAAAUGGUAACAGGUGAUCAAUUAAUUAUUGCUAAAGAAGUUGCAAAACGACUUGGAAUGGGUAGAGUUAUACUAGAUACAAAUCAUCUGGUCGAUUCCACGAAAUCUGAUGAAGAGGUUACGGAGCACUGUGUAAAAGCUGAUGGUUUUGCUCAAGUAAUUCCUGAACAUAAAUAUAGAGUCGUUGAAUUAUUACAAAAGAAAGGAUAUGUUGUUGGAAUGACGGGAGAUGGUGUAAAUGAUGCACCAGCUCUAAAACGCGCGGAUGUUGGAAUAGCAGUGGCAGGAUGUACAGAUGCAGCUAGAUCUGCUUCCGAUAUUGUACUGUUAGCACCUGGUCUUGCAACAAUAAUUGACGGAAUAAUGACUUCCCGAGCUAUAUUUCAACGUAUGAGAUCCUAUUCUUUAUAUCGUAUAACCUCUACGGUACACUUUUUAUUAUUUUUCUUUUGCAUAAUCUUGGCUAAGGAUUGGAAUCUACCUGCCGUAUUGUUGAUUAUGAUUGCAAUGUUGAAUGAUGCUGCAACAUUGGUUAUUGCGGUUGAUAAUGCUCAGGAUACCAUAUCUUCAUUUCUUUCUUCGUAUAUUUUUAAUUUACCUUUUUCAAUUUUGAUUCCCUUCUCUUAUAACCACCCAACAUUGACAAAAGGACAACUUUACACCGUAAUGUAUUUACAUAUAUCAUCAGCUCCACACUUUGUAAUAUUCUCUACACGACUAUCAGGUCAUUUCUGGGAAGUUCUUCCUUCUCCGCUUUUUGUUGCUUCAAUAUUGGGUACACAAAUUUUCGCAAUGCUUAUAUCGGUUUUCGGAUUGCUUACUGAAGCUAUUGGAUGGGUCAAAUCCAUUGUUAUUUUGGCGAUCUCCUUAGGAAUAUUUGUAUUCCUUGACUUUGUUAAAGUGCUUGUAUAUCGUUAUUGGUCUUUAGAAUUGAUAUCUAAAAUUUAUCCAGUACCAUCAAAGCGUAAAGAGUUAGCUGCACGUCAUGAACGAUCUUCAUUUUUGACAAGAUAUGCUAAAAGUGUUGAAAAAAUGAGAAAAAUAUUAUUAAUGGUUAAAGUGAUUAAUACAUUUAGACAAGCGGUUGAUGAACGACAAGGAUGA